GCCGGAUGCGGGGCUCGCUGCUGGCUGCUGGGGGGGCGGCCAUGGCCGAGGGUCCCCUGGCCCGCACCGUGCGCUCCAAGCUGGCGGCCGCGCUGGAGCCCUCGCACCUGCAGGUGCUGGACGAGAGCCCCCGGCACGGCGGGGCCGCGGGGGCCGGCACGCACUUGGCCGUGGUGGUGGUGAGCGGGCGCUUCGAGGGGCUCCCCCCGCUGCAGCGGCACCGCCUGGUGCACGCCGCGCUCAGCGCCGAGCUCGCGGGACCGCUCCACGCCCUCGCCAUUGUGGCCCGCACCCCGCAGCAAUGGGAGAGCGACCCCAGCGUCCCCGCACGGCCCCCGUGCCUCGGGGGCUCCAAGCGCGAGCAGCGCGGGGACGGCGCCGGGGAGCCCUAAAGGGACCCCCCCGUUCCCCGUGGACACCCGCC